UUGGAUGAUUCACAUGCAAAAUGUGUAGAAGAAUGGUGGUUUAGUCCCGGGAAUAAGUUGCAUAAGCGAACAAGUGACCUCUAUCGUAACUUGUACGAUAGUGUAGAAGACGUCUUAUUGUCAUUUAACCUCUGUGUGUUGCCGUGGUCGGUCGUGCCUGUUAUCAGCCGGAGAAGUUAGCUUUUAUCCUUGACUGAAGGUGUCAUCAUCUCCCCUAAGAGCCAUAGCAAUGCAGGCCGGUUGGCACUCCCUCCUACGGCGCGGCGGCAGAAUCCUGAGGGACAGUGCCGUUCUGAUGUGGACCUCAGCGAGCAUAGGGACGACCUACGUAAGAGCCAAGCAAAUGGCAUUCUUCGCCGCGCCUGCUCUGAGCGGCAAAUUGCUCAAACGUAAUAAUUAUACGUCGCCGUCCGUGACCCCUGACCUGAAUCGACCUCGGACGGAACUAGCGAGUGUGAGCCAAGGUCACAACACACUCAAGGUCCGGUGGCGCGACGGAGAGUCAGACGAAUUCCCUUACGUGUGGCUCCGCGACAACUGCCAGUGCCCCGCCUGCUUCCUCAGGAGCGCCUCGAGCCGCCUGCUGAGGGUGGCGGACCUCGCGAUGGACGUCCGCCCGAGGGAGGUGCAGGUAUCUAAAGACGGGUAUUUUCUUCAAGUUGUGUGGGAAAACGGACACGAAAGUACAUACGAAGCUGAUUGGCUGAACGAACGAGCCUUUAACACGCGCCAGCAAAGUGUUUACAAUAAUACGUACAGACUUCGACCAGAACUUUGGGACUCGAACAUGUCUCAGAGGAUCCCGAGAGCCUCCUUCGACGAACUCAUGGAGGACGACGCAGCACUCCUGAAGCUCCUGGAGUGCAUGGAGGUCCUCGGGUUCACGGUGGUGUCCGGCGCCCGGCGGGAGGAGGGGGAGCUGCAGCGCCUAAGCGAGAGGGCGUCACACCUCGUUCCUUCUAACUAUGGGACGACCUUUAUUGUUAAGGAUAAAAAUGAUGCGAGCAAUGUUGCUUAUACUAGCCACGGACUUGACUUGCACUGUGACUUGGUCUGCCUACACUACAAGCCUUGUGUCCAGCUGCUGCAUUGCAUCACCCAGUUCUCGGGCGACGGCGGCGACUCCAUCCUGGCCGACAGUCACCGGGUCGCCGUCCAGAUGAGGGAACUUUACCCGCAGAAGUUCCGGUUUCUAACUGACGUCCUCGUGAACUUCCGCGACGUCGCUACUGACGAAGGGUUCCAGUUCGACAUCAUAGCAAGAAGGCCGAUGAUCAGCGUGAGACCCGACGGGGAGAUCAAGACGGUCAACAUGAGUACCUUUGGUCGCGACUCUCACUUCGGCGUCUCCCCGGAAGAGGCGGUCAGCUGGUACGACGCCUACCUCACCUUCUGCGAUCUCCUUUACCGCCCCGAGAACCACGUCACUUUCAAGUUGGAGGCCGGCGAGAUCCUCAUCAUGGACAACCUGCGCGUCCUCCACGGCAGAACGGCUUACAAGGACACCGCCGAGGGGGAACGCCGGCUUGAAGGAGGCUUCUGGGACUGGGACAUGAUGAGGUCGCGGCGCCGAGGCCUCCAGAAGAAACUCGCGGGCUCUUCGUAGGCAAAGCUGGCGGUCGGGUUUAGAAGAAAAAAAAGCGGGGGUUUUGGUCUGGAGAAAAAAAGAAAAAAAAAAUUAAAGGCGAGGAUAUAAUUAAGUUUGCAGGAAUAAAUAUAGAGAAAAAGGAGGAUAUAUGUAAUUUGUAUCCAGGAAAUGUGUAACUAGUAACUCACCCUAGCCUUUCGUUAUAUCUGUUUACAUAAUUAAAAAGAAAAGAAAAAGACUGUAAAUGAAGUGUAAUAGAGUGUAAUAAGA